AGGUUCGGCAACACUGUCGACGUGAACGAAAAAAUGCAAAUGUCAAAAAAUCUUAACCUAUAAUUUUUGCUCAUAAACUUGUGGUCAUAACUUUCAAUUCAAUCUUUCAUCCGAAAGAAUUCUAUAGUUAUUUGAAAAUGUUUAGCUACCAAGCUCUACAGCUUUUAAAAAACAUUACCUUAAAAAGUGUGACACAAACAUGCAAAGCUCCUCUAUCUGUAAGUUCAGUGCAAUGUAGGGAAGUAACUGACCGAAGAGAAAUGUUGAGAUCUGUACCUACUCUUGAUGAAGGUACAGCUGGUGAGAAAGCAGUUGAUAUUGAUUCUUUGACAGGACACAAAGAUAUAUUUCCAACACUGGACCUGCCAAAUAGACUGUUCAAUGGGGUACCUUUCAAAGAUCUACCUAUAUUCAAUAUUAGAGUAUCACCAAAUAACACAAUUGUCAGCUUUACAGAUGCAAAAGGUGUACCUAAUUUGAUUCGAUCUUGUGGUGUAGAAGGCUUUAAAAAUGCCAAAAAAGGAACCAAUGUAGCAGCACAAGCAACUGCUCUAACUAUUGGAACGAAAGUGAUGGAAAGAGGAUUUAAAACAGUUCGUGUCAGAGUGAGAGGCUUAGGUCCUGGUAGAUUGGCAGCGAUUAAGGGAUUACAAAUGUCUGGAUUGAAUAUCGUGUCAAUAACUGAUAGUACCAGGGUAUCAUGGAAUCCUCCUAGGCCCAGAAAACAGAAGAAGUUGUAAAAUUAGUGAAUAAAACAUCAAAUUACUCCAAAACAUUUAUUAAUGAGAACAUAAAAUGUUUAAAUAAAAACAGAUUUUCAUAACAAAUUGAUAGACUAGUAACACAACAAUUGAAAAUUAUACAAAUACACUGGUAAUAUCUCAUUUGAGGUCUUUGGCAUCUCUAUAUAUAGUCAACAUUGAGCAAUAUAUUUUCAAAUCGCCAGGUAUGUUACCUAAUAUUUUAUUUUCCGAUAUGUAGUCAUUUGCUUCCUUUUUCAUGCUGAUGCAGAAACCUAAACAGCGAGGUGAAGACCCAACCACAUUUAUAUAUGGAUCAAGACUAAAAUUCCACGAUCUGGCUUGGCGGUUCAUAUCUGAGAUCAGGCUCAAUUGUGUUUCCUCGAGAGUUUAUAUGGAGGCACGAGGCUUUGUAAAAUUUCAGGGUCCUAGGUUCGGUCUGGAGACGCGCUCAAAAUUUUAAGGUUCGGCCAAAUACUUUUCCAAUGACGGGGGUAGCGAGAAAAUUGAAUAGUUGCCAAAACGCUAAAAUUCACAUUUUUACCGAAUCUCCAAACUUAAAGCUAGACCGAACCGAAAAAAGUAAGCCCUAUCUAAAAUAUGACCCGUGCGACCGCUCCUUUGUUCCAAUCUGCAGAGGAUUUUUCCCAGUUAUUGGCGAAAGGUGUCUUUACCUCGGUAUUUAGGUCAUUUGUCAUGAUAAAAAAAGAAGAAAAUGAUAACUAUGGAAACAAAACUGCAGUAACCGAAAGCCAGAUCGCCGGCCGCUCGUCGGUGCAAUUGGCGCUGAUUAACAAGCGUAGUAAAUCCUACAAGCGCCGCAUGUUCGAGGGCCCCGAGCACCAACGCUACAUGAAAGUAUCUCUCCUGAGGGAGAGAACACUAAUACAGUCCUACCUGGUUGACUAUAAUCACAAAUACGGAUUAAAAUAAAAACGUGGGAAAUGGAUUUUCAAAGAAACUAAUAUCUAAAAAUCUAAAAAAAGGAAUUGUUCAAAGUAGUAGAGUACUCGUAGGCAAGAUAAGCUCCUUAAUAAACAU